AUAAGGCGAAAACUUGUCAUCGUCGGUGAUGGCGCGUGUGGGAAGACGAGCCUUUUAUGCGUAUUCGCCAUGGGCGAAUUCCCAAAAGAGUACGAGCCUACGAUAUUUGAGAACUACGUAGCGGAAAUACGGCUUGAUGGGAAGCCUGUACAGCUCGCUUUGUGGGAUACUGCAGGACAGGAAGAGUACGAGCGCCUUCGCCCGUUAUCCUACUCCAAAAGUCAUGUAAUUCUCAUCGCCUUCGCCAUCGACACUCCCGAUUCUCUCGAGAACGUUUCCGUCAAAUGGAUCGAAGAAGUACGCUCUAUCUGUGGACCACAAGUUCCCGUCAUCCUCGUCGGGUGCAAAGCCGAUCUCCGCCCACCCGACGCGCCUGUCCACCCCGCCUCGGGGGUCAACUACCCGUACAUCCUCCGCGUGCGCGGGGAACAGAUGGCAUCCGACAUCGGAGCAAGAGCGUACAAAGAGUGUUCGUCGCUCAAGAACGAGGGCGUGGACGACGUUUUCGAGGCUGCUACACGGGCGGCGAUGCUCAUGCGCGAAGGGGCGGGUGGGGCGGGGGGUACGGGGGGGAGGAGGAGGAGUGGGGAGAUCCCGAGUUUGGGACGGAGGUUGGAGAGAGAGGAAAGGAGCGGGUGUUGUGUGAUCCUUUGA